AUGGAGACCUUAAAUCCGCCGGAGAGUGCCUUACCUUCAACUACACGGUUCAUUGAGAAUUUGAUCUCGCAGAUUUCGGAACGUACCGCCAACUCAGAAAAUCAGGUCAACCCUGAAAGUCAGCGUCCGUUCUCCGCCUUCCCAGCAGGCCACGCAUCAAACAUGAAACAACUGAUGCUGACGCUCCAUUGUCUUUUCCCCAAUGAAUUUCUACCUGCCCUGGAUAUUCUGGACCGAGGCCUAGUCAGGCGCUUCAUGAAGGAGGACUAUAGCAUUUUGGCCCCCGACGCUUCCGAGUCAUUAAGCCCUGGCGAGUUAACACCAAAUGGCAGGCGGCGUCCUCCACUUGAAGACUCGUUCUUCGUCAUUUCAAUGUCUACGUCUCCCUAUCCCCCAUCUGGGGAGUCUCUGCCUCUUCGUCCAAAUGCAGACCAAAAAGGCUACGAAGUCCGACUACAAGCGUGGAACUGCACCUGCCCAACAUUCACGUUUUCUGCAUUCCGCGACCUAGGUCCAGAUUUGACUGGUGGUGAUUCAUCUAGCGGAGAGCUCUCACAAUCCCCCCUUGUACCUGGCGUGCAUUAUUAUACAUUCGGUGGAAGCCUAACUCAGCGGUUAGUGAAGUGGUCGCGUCCGGUAUGCAAGCAUCUCCUUGCUUGUGUAUUGGCGGUGCGCUGUCCCGCACUCAGUGGGCCCUCUGCAAACGAUCAUGGUCGAAUCGUCGUCAGUGCACAGGAGCUGGCAGGUUGGUGUGCUGGUUGGGGCGGAUGA